ACGCGUCGGGCAGCCCGCCGCCUUGGCAGUAGUCCCGGACUGCGGGAAUGCCUGCCAGACACGAGUAGCCAGCCUAGAUAAACGAUGCGCUCUCCGUUUCUACUCUGUAUCGCCGCCGCGCCAGAUAAGAUAGACAUUGUAAUAAACUCGAAUGUUGUCGAAGGAGAUAAACUGCUGAUUUCGGUCGAUCGAUAAUCGACGGACGAUAGUGUGUGGAUUUCCUUUCGGCGACGUCGCAUUUGGCGAUUGCCCUCGGCUAACUUUGAAUUAAAAAAUGUCGAGUGCAGGGAAGGGCUAGCGAGAUGUUCGGCAUGUUCACCGAUAAGUCGACGAUCCGGCCGAUGAAGAGUAUCGGUGGCAACUGUUACGCGGGCCGGCAGAGCUCUGUGGUGGGUUUGGUGCCGACGCAGCAGGAGGCAAUGGUGGCAGGGCCCCACUGCUACAGCCAGCAGCACCAGCACCAACACCAACAGCAGCACCAGCAGCCGCCGCAUUUCUGGAAGUACAACGCCGGCAGCGGCCGCGAGAGCGGGUAUGGGUCGGAUGAAUUCGGCCAUGACUCCCCACGAUACACCUCACCGAAGGCAGGAGGGCUAUAUGGCGGAGAGCCAUACUACCUUGAUGGUGCAAGUGGUGGUACUGGUGAUCCAUGGACAGGUGGUGGUCAGCUGCAAACCGGCCACUAUUCUGCAUACAGUUCUCCAGCUAUCCUGUCAGGAGCACCACCGUCUACACAUUUGUCACAGUCUACCUUUCCUCCACCACCAAUCCAUCUUGCUCAUGAUGCCAUGGCUUACGGAGCUAUGUCGCCAGGUGGCGUUACGAGCUCUCAGCAAGAUAAUUCCCUCCUCGGUACUCAGUCUGCCACAAGUCUUCCGCCAAUGUCAAGUUUUCGUGGUGGUGGAGGGCAAGGUCCAGGUCCAGGUGCUGGGACAACCCCCACCACAGCGGGCACUGCUGUGGGAGUUCCUACUUCAAGCCCUGCAACUGCUGCUCUCUAUGUUAGCCCACAGCCAACUACACCAGGGGACACACUUGGCAAAGCAUUGGCAUCAAUAUAUCCCACAGACCAAAGUGUGAGCAGUUACAGUUCAAAUCCCUCAACACCUGUUAGCUCACCUCCUCCACUAACAGGUGGUAGUGGUGGUCAGGCGUGGCCUCCAAGUAAUGCUGGUCCUCACCCCAGCACUCCCACAUCACCGCAUUAUGCAGCAGAUCGCACUUUACAUAUGCAGGCUGCCCCUGAACAACAGAGGCUAGAUGCAGCAAUAGGUUUUCUUCGAGAUCAUGCUGAGGGCACACGGAUGGAGGAGAGAUUAGAUGAUGCGAUUAAUGUACUUCGCAACCAUGCAGAGAGCCAAGCUUUGGGGCUGCAUGCUGUUGCAUCAUCUACAUUGCAGACACAUUCCAAUGGACUACUUAGUUCUUAUCAUCACACCCAGGCAGCUAUUGAGUCACAUCUGCCCAGUCCUCACCCAGGCACUCCAGGAUCAACAGUUGGUGCAACUCAGAGCUCGUAUCCUGGUCUUGCACCUACACCUGACACAGAUGGACCAAUUAAAAUAGAAAGGCUGUCUGGAGCAACAUCCAAAAAGCGCAAGGAACCUCCUGGAGCAAGCUCUGACACCAAACCUAGCAGCAGUGAACUGGGAAGUAGCCAGACCAGUACAGGUCCUAAUACAGCUGUGCAAGCAAACUCAACUUCUGGCCAAAAGGGAUCCAAACGUUCAAGGAGAUAUGCGGAUGAAGAUUGUGAAGACCCAAACACAAAGGCAGUUCGUGAAAAAGAACGUCGACAGGCCAAUAAUGUUCGUGAGAGGAUACGUAUCCGGGACAUAAAUGAAGCUCUUAAGGAGUUGGGACGGAUGUGCAUGACACAUCUGAAGACCGACAAACCACAGACAAAAUUGGGCAUCCUCAAUAUGGCAGUUGAAGUGAUAAUGAAUCUUGAGCAGCAAGUACGAGAACGAAAUCUGAAUCCCAAGGCUGCAUGUCUGAAAAGAAGAGAAGAAGAAAAGGCUGAGGAUGGGCCCAAGCUGUCGAGUCACCAUUUGGGUCAUCCCGGACCCCAUUUAACGCAGACGUCAUUCCCUACUAUGCCUGGCCCACCUCUUCCACACAACCCAACCCAGCCGCAGUAGCAGAGGUGGAUGCUGAAGGGUUUGCACUAUGAUUUUGGUUGAAGCACAUCUCUUUCACACGUUAUGAUAUGUGAAUUUUUUCUGAAGCUGUCAGAGUGAGAUGGUGCUCAGUCUUUGUGAAUUACGUGUGCAAACUGAAAAAGCUUCAUGUUUAGUUUAAUAAAUGUGAAGUAAUAUGUGCGCAACUAUCACAGAAAUAUACUGUAUUAACCUCCAUAUCAUUGGUUGGAAGACAGCUAAAAUCGUUUAUUGAACCUGAAAAAGAGUAGUAGUUUUUAAAAGACUUUGUGAUGGUCCUAAUUAAAGAAAAGAGAAGACUUUUGAAGACUUAAGACACUAUGAGCAGUAACCUGCAGUUGCAGAGCAGUGCUUUGCAUGCUUUAUUUUUUAAGAAAAGUGAUGGAUGACAUGCAUCUCUAUGUUUGUAUGUGUAUGUAAAGCAUACAGCCAAACAUCCUUUUGUGGAUGUAGGUACCCCGAGUGAAAGCAGUUAUAUUAAGGCCAGUAAGCAAGUCGUAGCAAGACCAGAACAUUUUCCAUCAGGCAUGUAACAUUUGUUAUGUACCAGUAAUUAUGACCAAACACAUGAGAUUUGUUUGCCUAUAUAUUUUUUUUUAUUUUUCCCAUUACAUGAAUAAUUGCUGAUAUGCUAGUACUUGUUCAGUAUGAUGAACAUUCACAGUGCAACAUAGGGCCCAGACAGAUGUAGACAGCUUUGCCUUAUCGGUAAAUAUACAGUUGUAGACAUAGAGCAGAGCGUGAACAUGUGUGUGCUAAAAUUUUGUUACAUAUAAAAUACACUGAAGUAGUGAUAUUUAUGAAUUAAAUAGUUUUAUUCUUUUUGACUAAGUUAAAUAUUGUGCAUUACUUUUGCUAAAUAGUAUUAUUAUUAUUAUUAUUAUUAUUAUAUUACUAUUAUUAUUAUUAUUAUUAUUAUUAUUAUUAUUAUUAUUAUUAUUAUUGUAUCAUCACUGUUAUCAUAGCAGAAGUGUCAACCUUUCUUUAUAUGAAUCGGAAGUUCACCAGAGUGUGUUGCUACAAAAUACAUAAUGCAACAAAUGUCUACUUCUCGGUGACAGUAUUUUCUUUUAAAAGUUUGUUCUAAAAAGAUGUGGAAUUUGUACACUUUUGUGGGUAGUGCAGAAUUUUGGUAAUGUCAGCAUGUAUAGGAGAAGAAGUAGUACAGAGAUUACUCAUCAGAGUUGUGAUCAGAAACAGCCAGUCCUCAUCACUAGUGCCAUACUGUGGAAAACUUCCUGUGGAGUUACAUUGAAAGUAUUUUUAUGUAUAACUUCUGUACAGGAUAUGCUCGUUUUAUGAUGAUAUGCAAUUUCAUUUAUGGACUUGGGAGACUUAAUAUCCACCAUUUUUUUAAUUAUGUAAGUCAUUUAAUACUCAUAUUUUUUAUGAACUAAGAGUUUUAAAGCAGUGAUGAUGAUUACUUCUUUUUCUUACUGUUUGUCUAUUCUUUCUUUCUUUUUUUUUUGCGUAUCAGGACUGCUGUAUAAAUUUUGUGUCACUCAUCUAAUGUUUUAAUGAUUUUAAAGUGUAGUACUUGUGAUCAGAUGAAUGAAUUUUACAGCAGUGUAACCUGUUUGCUGAAUGUUUGAGCAGUGGCCAUAUUUGCAGUGGAGAAGUUCAUUAGUUGCUAUUUAUGUCAGGGACAGAGACUUCAAAGUCUGUGCCAAUGUUAUAAAACUGAAACAGAUCCUCACAAGCAAUGUCUGGAGCCAAAGGAACGUGGCAACUGAAGUACAUUCUUCUGUAAUGUGGGCUGUGGAUAUGCUGACCAUGUCCCUCCUAUAGUAGUGGCUAAAUUAAGUAAAUAAAUGUUGUAGUAGAGAGUAGAAAAGAGCCAGGAAGUAUGUGCCAUAUGUCCAGUGCCAAGGACAGUCUGAAUGAAAACUAAGUUGGAUUGUGGAUGCUAUACUUGCUAGUCCAACAUAAGUGGUGACAAAGGCUGGAUGCUGGAUAAGACUUCCGAUUAUUGUUCCUAAAAUCAUGACCCUUUCAUUCAGAAUGUGUUAUGUGUUGUCUCUGCAUGUCAAGUAAAAUCUGCACAAUGAUAGAAAAUUAUUAUGAUAUAUUUUUCUUAUCUUUUUUGGUUAAUUAGGCAAAAAUGUAUAAAGAGAAAAUUGUAAAGUUGGACAUUUACUGUCAAAGCCAUUGGGACUAAAGGAAUACAGUGUAUGCUGGAGGAAUGUCAUAUGCCACAGAAUGCUUAAAAAGUUCAUAUAUAAUACAAAAAAUAGGAACUGAAUAUUAAAAAGCCACACUCCUUGAAAGUGAAUAUGAUAAUAGAGACUACAGAUCUGCUCAGAAAGGAAUCUGAACCUUGAGCUUUGGGAAGCAAAUCCUCUUCCACAGGAAAAGGAAGUAAGUUUGAGACAUUGACUACAGUAUACAGAAGAUUCAUCCGCUCACGGGUGGGGUACAAGGGUCGUGCAGUAACCCUAGGAAGACCAGAAAGAAUGCAUGUGAUAGCAAGAAGGUCCUCAUUGUUGUUGAAAUUUGACUUGUUCUUACCUGUACAUUUUGUGUCAACUUAUUCAUGCCUUUGUCACAAUCUUACUUCUACAUCUUCAUUAUUUCAUCUGUGUACCUCAAAAGUAAAGAAGUUUCAUUUUCCAAAGCUCAAGAUUUGAUAAAGGAGAUAUCGGCACUAGUAAGUAGAAGUUCUGUGAAGACUAUUUUUCUGUUGUAACUGAAAUAACUGAGUUGCAUAUUGGGAUGGGACCCUUGUGUUUUUUUAUUCUACAUAAUCAGUGUGAUAUGUUAUUUGGUUUUGGAAACAUGCAGAUUGGUAUGAAAUCAGAUCUCCAACAAUGAAAUCAGAUCUCCAACAUGUUCGUAACAUGUUUUGCAAGUUUUUCAUUUUUUAUUUUUGUAUUUAAUUGUUCCCUCUAUAAUUAGCUUCAUAUUGGGUGAUUAUGGCUCUUUGUUAUUUGUUUAUCGUAGAAUCUCUCUUCCAUAACUCUCUGACAAUAGUUGAAAUUAUAAGCAAAACAUGCAGUAUGUCAGUGAUAUUUUGAUUACUCUUUCAAUAGCUAACACCAUGGCAGCACUGACAUAUGUAGCAAACUUCAACAGGAAGGUUGCUCAAGGUCUCUGAAAAGUCUCUUUUCACUCAGCCUAAAUGAGAGGAAUUGUUUCUCAUGUUACAGUAUCAUUUUCUUUAACUGAUUCCUGUCAUUCUUCUCCUUCAGGUUUCUCAUCACAACUGAAUCUGCACUCGUGCACCAUUUCUGCAGAUACAUUUGUUUGUUUUCCUAAUUUCGUGAUUCCAUCCAAGAGUUUCAAUGUCCUUUUCCUCAUUACAGUUAUCAGCUCAAGAGUCAGUCUCUCUCUCUCUCUCUCUCUCUCUCUCUCUCUCUUUCUGUGUGUGUGUUUGGCAGGUGGGCAUGCGCAUGACCUCUUGAGGACAUGCAGUCCUGUGUAUAAUUGUGUAAUUAUUGUAAUUUAGUUUACUAUGACAUUUCAGGGUUUGUGUAAAACUUGCAAAGCUCUGCUUCAUUAUCAUGGGUGGAGAAAGGAAGUGGCCAACCAGUUCCAUUAGGUCAUAGGUCAUUUAAGUGGCACCUGUGGCACAAUACUUAAGCCAGUGCUUGACUCAUGGGAACAGAUGAUUGCUGAAUUAGAGAAAUAAAAGUGAGGAUGAACAGAAAAUGAGGAAGACUUUUAGUUGUUGCAUUUAGCAAUUUGUAGCUCAAACUCGAUGGUCAUGUACUCUACUUUCCUUAAAUGUAUUCAUAUGGAAGAUACACCAUGUCACUACUGCAUCACAGAAGGCUGGUUGUAUUGUAAUCUACCAGAUACAUUGUUGCUUAGCACUUGGAAUAAUUUUGUCACAAAUCUUUAAUUGAAAGUUUUGUAAAUGAUUGUAUAGUUUUUGAGUUGUACUCCAAUUUUACAAUGACACAUGUACUUACCUGAAAUUUAAACCUCUCACUGUCUUUCUACCAUUCAUUACCAGUAGGAAAGUGAUUAAUGUACAUACAUGUCAGGAGUUCGAAAAUCCUUUGUGUUUUAUGAUGUAGAGUAUGAUUUAAAGGAAGAGGUUGGUCAAUGGAAAAAAAAUCUAAAUUUAUCUUAGUGUGAUUUCAGUGUGUUAGCUGUAAACAAAGCAAGGACUGUGGGCAUAAUCAGAUUGAUUAACGAUCAUUGAAGUGUAAUACCUAUUAGUUUUGGAAUUGAGAUUACUGGUUCUGUAUAUAACAUUUCUACUAAGAUGAGGCUUGUUAAUCCAGGAGCUUCAACACUUCAUAAGUUGUACUUUCUCCCUCUCUUGUUUGGGGGAACAUUGGCAUUUUAAACAGUUCUCCAAUUUCCUGUAUGGAUAUCUUUCAAGGCCUGUUACUUAUUUAGUGGCUCUUGUGCCAUUUUUAGAUUUCCCGGUGAGUAAUUUUUCUUUAUUUGAGUAGGCAUUUAACUUUUUUAAAUGUAAUUUUAUUUUUUCUGUUCAGGUUGUGACUGGUACUUUAAAGGGAAGCAGUGACAGCAAAUCAGAAAUUUGUACAUUUCUGACAUAAAGUGGUUUACUUGAUUUGACAGCAAGCUAGUAGUAAUUUAUUGUAAAGUGUGUUGCUUGCUGUAAUAUUCAUGCAGUGACAUUACAUAUGUCUUUGUGAGUAAAGCCUGAAAUACAGCAUCAACACAUGGGAGUAAAAUAUAUGGUUUAUGUGCUUUUCCUCAUUUAAAACAAAAAUUGUGAAAGCUCUACUGGAAUAUUCAUUGUUUGUAAUUGUGCAGUAAAUGGAUUGCUAUUUGAAAAUAUCUUAAUGGCAGUUCAGACAGUGUUAUUAUCACCAUCAGAAUUUAGAUAUAUCUUCCUAUAAGGAUAGCUGUGCAUAUUGUUUGCUUUUCUGGAUUUCAGACCCAUUACACAAGAGAUACACUUCAAAAUAUGAUAAAUUGUUACUUUCGAGAUAACAUGAAAUACCAUUACUUAACCUUAUGAUUGUUCUGAUUACAGAUUUGUAAGAAUGAAGUAAAUAUUUCUUAAAACAUGUUUUUAUAAAUUAAAUUUCUUUCAAACCCCAAUGUGCAUCUCAGUUUGUGACAUGAAACUUGGAAUCCUGUGACCAUUUUUAGCUCCUGGCAGCUGCAAUGUUUGUGUUGUCAACAUUUCAUACACCAAUUAACAAGAGAACCCAUAUGAAAAUACCUCUGAUAAGAGUAUUAUUUCAACAGAAAAAUGACAUGGGCUGCAUGGCUUGUGUAGCAUGUUAACACAUAUUUUGAGCAAUAGUUCGCAACUUUCACAGAAUUGAUGGAUGUUCAAUUUGUGCAAGAUAGUAGCAUAUUUUAUUUGUAGUUUCUUGUCAGUGAUGUCUGACUACACAAUUCAUCACAAGAGAUGCUCCUUGUUUGUAUGGUGUUGCCUCAGACAGUUUGGCAUGGCUGGUUAUUUGUUUUUCUGUUCCUCAGUUGUGCUUAUAUAUGCUCUAAAUUAUCCAUUCCACAUCAUUAUAGCAUUCCAGAAUACAUACUGGUACAUUACAGGGUUGUUCAAUGUACCUUUUAGAGAGGCUAUGACAGAUCUCCAUAAUUAUAUAGUAUGAGCAAAAAGUGUUCAAAUAUUGAUUCAUAUUAUCUUCAGUUUCAUAGAAAAACAUGGAAGAAACCAGCACAAAAAGUUUGAAAUGAAAGGUAGGGGGAGCUCCAGUAUCACAAUUGGAUGCACUGUUGUAGAAUAGUUAGCAAUUUUGUAAUGGUACAAUUGUACAUGUGAAGUGUGAUCAGAUACUGUCAUUAAAUUAGCAAGAUAUGUCAGUAUUUACUGCUGCAAAUAAUCAUACAGCAUAAUUCAAUAAAAACAUUGCUCCAUGCACAGCCCAUGAAAGGAAUACUGUACAGCACAGUUAGAAAAAAAGAGAUCUGUUGUUUAUUUUAGUGCAUUACUUUCUAAAACCAGACAAACCUCUUCAUAUUCCAUAUGAUAACAUACAAACACUCUAAAAUCUUGUAAAGUUUCAACAAAAAAUAUAAUUUUUGUAAAUGUUUUUGAGAGGUUGUUCUGCGCAGUCCUUAACCUUGAUUACCGCAUAAAUAAAAAUGAAUAAAACAGAAAAUAAAUAUUUAUUUUUGAUGCCAAUUCUUCAUUUUACUAAUCUGUGAAGAUUGUUGAAUAUUACUUGGAGCUCUCUGAAGUUUUAAGAAAGCCGUUAUGAUGAAAUUUUAAAAGUUUUGAAAGCAAAUGAACAAACUGUACAGUAUUCACAUUUCUGGAACAUAUUGUAUCUUUUCAUACAGCAGCCUGAAAUUAUCUGGGGGGGGGGGGGGGGGGCGAAGGUUUCUGUGCUUGAGAAAGAAUUAAACCCACAUUCUCUUGUAAAUAUAACUACUUCUUUUUCUCUCUCUGUCGAGUAGUGUGUACAGAAGCCCACAUGUGACUUAAAAACCUCUUUAAUAUACUAUGCAAAUUAUGCUGAACUUACUUUUUAAUCAUCAAAUAAAUUGGCACAACAUGUUUUGGUAGCAUACUUCUAUCCUUGAUUGUCUACAUGGACUUAAUUCCUUGUACAUUUUUAGUUUAAGAAACAUGUUCUAGCUGCAAUUAUUACAUAAAUGUCAAACACCAAAAACUUAAUAUUUCAGAAAAAUCUAUGCCAUAACCAAUUAUUUGAACAGAAGAAGAGGGUACUCUGCUGCCAAAACACGCCAUGCCGAUUGCUGUGCAAAUAAAAAGUAAUUGAUGUAGAAAGGCUGCUGUUUCAGAGAAUUAUGACAUUGCUUAAUGCUGCAUGAUUAUUUGCCAAUACUGGGAAAGGUAGCCUGUCAUCAAAGAAGUUUGAUCAUUUCAUCCAGUAAUUUGAUACAAAUUUGAUACAAUAUUGAAGAAUCUGGUUAGUGCCCGGCCAUUUCCUGUUUGAAUUUUCAAUUUUCAUUCUUCCUCUGCUAUUUUAAUUCUGUUUUAAAUUAAUAAAUAUAAUCUACCAAGUCAAUUAUAACUUGUGCAGACUUUUUUCUUAAAACAUUGUGAGACUGAAAUAAUUUUCAUGUGUUUGGAAAUAACUUUAAAUUCAUGUAAAUUUUACUGUUAGUGGAGUUCGUGAAACUGUUUACUGAUUAUGGAAAUUAAAGAGUCUUAACUUGGAGAUGUUUGCUAACUGAGAAAGUAUAUUUACUUUUUGUGGAACAAAGAAAUAAAAAUAUCCAGUACUGUUAUACAAUGAAGUGUUGAGAGUAUUACUGACAAACUGAUAUGAGAGACAGCACAUGACAUAUUUGUUGUAGGUACUUUCAUUGCAUCUUUGUAGAAAAAUAUUAGAGCAAAUUAGAGAGAGAACUUUUUCUAUCACUGUAUUGCAGUUGAGUUAACAGCUGCAUGUAGUUCAGAAAUUUGAAUCCACUGGCUGCAUAACAGAAAUAAGUAUAUGAUGGUGUGCAUGCACUGCUGAAUAUUCCUCUUCCCCCCAUCCCCAUAUUUUAAUAUUCCAAACAUUAUUCUUUCUCUUAUAAAGGUAUUAAAACAAACUUUAUCCUUUUUUAAUUUUAUUUAUUCAGAAGGUGAUUUUCACUAUCACUAGCUCAGAUAAUAAACAGCUAUUCUGAAGUUUGUAUUAGUUCAGCUUCUGACAAUGUCUCUCUGACAUUCAUUUGGUGACUACAAAAUUAAGUCAUCCAUUGCAGUUUGAUGUGCACUCACGAGUCAUACAUUUGUGAAAAUAUAUUCCGAGGAGUAGUGUAAGAUCAUUACAUGACUAAGUGUCAGCACAAGGUGAAUUUGUGCAUUUAUAUGUAGGUUAUUUUCCAGUUUUAUUUUUAUGUGUGUAAUUUUUGUAAUGUAAGCUAGAAGAAGUUUACUUGUUGUUUACAGACUUUUGUUGGUACCAGGGGCAAUGAGUUUGACACUGCCGAUUGUUUAAUGUAUGUUUCAAAAAUACCGUGUAUUGUAUUCCAGAUGAAAUCUGCGGUGUAUCCUGAAAGGAUUUUACUGCAGUGAAAUCUCAGUGAUUGGUUGAUUUAUCUGUAAUUUCUUUCACUACAUUGGAAUGUGGAAUUCAGAAAAUUGAUUACAAAGAUAAACCAUAUCCAUUUUAUUUGCAUUUAGAGACUUGUGAACAUUUUCAGAUAGAAGAAAUGUGUGGGUGGAUUUUUUAAUGCAGAUAUGUUACAGUGCUUAUCUGCUUAUGUUCCAUCAUCUUAUGUAAAAAAAAAGUUUGAACUGUAUAGUUUAAAGUAUUUUAUUUUCUCUCUGACAAAAAUUUUUGCUGUACCUCAGUUUUGGUCAUACUGAAUGAAACAUCACAGGGCCAAAAUAAUUCUCAUAAUCAGCACACACUGUAUAAAUGCAACUUUACUGCAGAAACUAAGGGACUGCCAAAAUAAUUAAGUAAAUUAUUCAUUUUGCACAUGUGUGUGUGUUUUUUUUUCUAAUCUGCAUAAAAUAGCACCCAGUCCAGUACUGUCAUAAGAACACCAAUGCAGUUUAGUAAUCCAGAUUUUUGUUUAAAAAAGCUACAUUUUUGCAUCACUAUUCUAUGUAAUAGAAUGCCAAAUUUAUGUUACUAUAUUUUUAAGUGCAUUCAAAAUGUGCUGCUGUAUAUUUGCUGUUGUUAUUUAGGGCAUAUUUAUGUAACAUAGUUGUAACUGCUGUAAUUGGUGCAUUUUAUAACACUAUUGGUAUUCUAGGAAAGUUACAAUAUUGUAAUUAUUCCAUCUAGACUACAAAUUUUUAAAUAUUUUAUAUGACAAUAUUUUAAGCCAGUCCCUGAAUGUGAUAGCUUUAUGAGAUUUCACUGUAUUGUAAACAUUAAGUACUUCACUCCAGCAAAUGGAAAUGGUAUGUAAUAUUAUUCCAUGACAAUUUAUAAGGUAUUUAUUUUGUUAUUGUUACAGUGUAACCGUCUUUUAUAUAUUCCUCCAGAAAAAUGUAAUCUCAGAAGUAAAAUUAUAUUGUUAAAUUACAUUUUUCAGUGUAUCAUUAAUGUAAAGAGCAUAUAAUUUUUGUAACUUAAAUUUUAUCAAAAUAUUUUAUUUAGAUAAUUGCUGGUACAAAAUAUGAUGGAGUUCAAGUUAAAUAUAUUAAUGGAUUUUGUGACAUAGCGAUGAACAGUAAGUGAGGUCAUGUAUCUAAGACCAUGUUGACAUAAAAUUAUGUUUCGCUUAACUACUAAACAAAUUUGGUAAAUUUACUAACAGAUGGGAGUUCAUGCAUGAAGCUCAACCAGAUAUUUUCAGUGUAUACAAAGUUUUGUAGUCAACAAAAAAGAUUGGUAAAAUAUACAAAAUACAUUAAUGUAGAUAAAGGAAAAAGGCAUUUAAUUUAUACUUAAAGAGGAAGUGGAUGUUAAUACAUUCAUACUGUGUUUAAAAAGUUUGCGGAUGUGAAAAUAAAAGUACCUGUUUUAAUACCUUUACUCAUAAAUUGUUUUCAAAGGCAAUAUAUACUGAUAAUUCUUAGCACAUGAAAUCAGCACACUUUACUUCAACCAAGAAAAUCUGAACAAUUUAGGUAUUUUAUAUUUGUCCAAAUGGAUCUCAAAGGUGCUGAAAACUGAUUUCGAACUCACUCAUUUUGUGUGUGAAUGAAUCUCUUAAAGCCUUUCAUAAUGUAAAAGUUCAGUAAAACUUCUUUUCUCAAAAAGAAUUCUUGGACUAAGUCAUUGCAAAGCAUACAUGAAAAACUGAUUAAUUUAUGUAGUUUAGAUUUUUUGAUGAAUUAGUACGAUAUUGCAAUGAUUACUUCAACUAUGCCAAAACUCUUCAGGAUAAUAUUAUCUCCAAAGUAUCACUAAGUAUUUAUUUCAAAAACAUCUCAGAAACUGUGUGGUGGUUUGAUCAUAUAUUAGUUCAAAAUUUAUUUUGUUGAUUUCUAAAACAAGUCCACUGAAAUCACCUUGAGCUUCCCAUUGCAAAGGAUAAAUCAUUUGCAGCAAACUUAGCUAUCAGUUUCAUUUCUGUAACUUAGACAGUUUCUGAAAUCUGUCACAUAGAAUAUACACCACUCUACUUAAAGUUUUAGUAUUCUUCCACUCUACUCUUUUUAAAGGAUUCAGUUUAGUGAGGUUUGGAGACAAAUCCAACACUUGGUUCACCACAUGGUAUUUUACCAGAUAUCCAGUCUGUUUGUGCUGGUACAGUCACAUGUACCUACUGCAGUAAUACUGGCCAUAUAUUCAUAAAAAGUGAUACAAUUGUUUUCACAUUUAAGUUUAUUGAAAGCAUCGGCAUAUUUUAAUAUACUGAUUUAGUUCUUUCUGGAACUCAAAAAGGGAAGUGUGUGCUAAAAUGUAGACAUGUCAUCAUUAUUUAUGUAAUUCUGUAGUAUUCAGGACAGUUCAGUGUAGUCUCAAGCAGCCACAUUGCAAACUUGAAGGAUGUUUAAGACCGACAUAUGUCACGUACAUUACAUUUGUUACAUAUUUGCAAAGUAUAAUAUUUCAGUUGCUUAGAUGACCUUUUUAUUUCAGCUGGUCCCUCAUAACAAACUUUUACUAAAAAAUAACAGCAUAUGUGUCCAAAAAAUGUAUGCACAAGAUCUCCAUGUAGCACAGGACUGCGUAGGAAAUGAUUCUACAUUGGAAUAACAAUUUUAUUGGUGUGUGCUUAUAUGUGUACAUUCCACAGAACUCAUUCAUGUGAAAAGGAUUAUUUUGAAAACAUAAUAUGUAAAUCUAUUUGAAAUAAAAUUGAGAAAAGUUUAA